AUGAGCUUCGAGAUUAACCAGGCAGAACAAUGCAAAAUUUCAGAGAACGUUGGAGAAAUUGACUGGGAUAAGUUUCCUGAUGCCUGGUAUGAGGUUCUACAUACCAAUGAUCCAGUGAUGGGAAAAGAUGUAGGUGGUGUAAAACUCAGGAAUUUUACCAGAACAAGAACAGGUGUGAGCAUGAUGAUCACAGAACUACAUCAGAAUUCUCAUUCACAAACUAUGACAGUUCAUUUGAUAACAAAGAGAGCAGGUGUCUAUGAGCCCAAAAAGAGUGAUGAAUCGGCUGUUCUAACGUCACACACCUUAACACCAAAGGGUGGAAGAAGUGAAGAUGCAGCAAAAAUUGAUUAUGCAAUGUUCAAUGGUGAUGUUUUGAUUUUAAGUGAUGAGAAGAAUUACUUGAUAAAUGUAUUUUGCAGUCUUUCAGAUGAAUGGGUUGUCUGGGCUGGCUUCCCAACUAUGAAUCCAACAAUUCCUCAAGUCACCAUGAUGUGGAACGAACUCAUGGAAAAAGGAAUCAAUGUACAACUUCAUCUUGCAGAAGCAGUUGAACAUCCAGAGAAUUUCAUGGGUCUUGAAUCGUGAAAAAUUUGCAGAUAUUUCAAAUUCAAAUUGAGAUGUUCUCCAUGCAUCGAUCGUUCUAUUGAAUUAUUUACAAAUUCUUUGUA